GGUAUCUGUCAUUCUAGCUUGUUUGAUAGUAGUAGCUGGUUUAGCAUUAGCAGACACAAAUAUAAUGGAUUUCAACGUAAAGAAAUUAGCCUCCGAUGCUGGGGUAUUUUUCACACGGGCUGUCCAGUUCACAGAGGAGAAGCUGGGCCAGGCCGAGAAGACCGAGCUGGAUGCUCACUUUGAGAACCUGCUGAGCCGUGCCGACUGCACCAAAAACUGGACAGAGAAAAUUUUCAGACAGACAGAGGUCCUGCUACAGCCUAACCCAAUUGAUCACACUGGUGCCAGAAUUGAGGAGUUCUUGUAUGAAAAGCUGGAUAGAAAGGCACCAUCCAGAAUUACCAAUGCAGAACUGUUGGGUCAGUAUAUGCAGGAUGCAGCAAAGGAGUUUGGUGCUGGCGGUCCUUAUGGAAGCACUUUGAUAAAGGUGGGAGAAUGUGAGAGAAGACUAGGAGGAGCAGAGAGGGAGUUUCUCCAAACUUCAGCCAUCAGCUUCCUCACCCCACUCAGAAACUUUCUGGAGGGAGACUGGAGAACCAUCUCGAAAGAGCGGCGUCUUCUGGAGAAUCGGCGUCUGGAUCUGGAUGCUUGCAAAACCCGUCUAAAGAAAGCCAAGGCGGCAGAGGCUAAGGCGGCGAUGACACCUGAUUUUCAGGAGACCAGACCCCGCAACUAUGUGCUUUCUGCCAGUGCCUCUGCGCUCUGGAGUGAGGAAGUUGACAAAGCUGAACAUGAGCUUCGUGUGGCCCAGACAGAGUUUGAUCGCCAGGCAGAGGUUACGCGACUGCUUCUGGAGGGCAUCAGCAGUACACACGUGAAUCACUUACGCUGCUUGCAUGAGUUUGUGGAGGCCCAAGCAGCUUACUAUAAGCAGUGUCAUCUUCACAUGCAGGAACUACAGAAAGAGCUGGGAAGGUUUCCGAAUGCCUUUGCAGUGAACUCAGUUAAUUCCAUGGCCGCCACUGGCUCUUCUUUGCCAGCGGGCAUCACCAGUCCUGUGGAAGCAGACACCCUCAAAAUUGAGGAAGUGCAGGCACCAGCUACAGGAACCAGGAAGGCUAAAGUCCUCUAUGAUUAUGAUGCUGCUGACUCCAGUGAGCUUUCCCUUCUAGCUGAUGAGCUCAUCACAGUUUACACGGUACCAGGCAUGGACUCUGACUGGCUGAUUGGAGAGAGAGGAAACCAGAAAGGAAAAGUGCCUGUCACGUACCUGGAGCUGCUCAGCUAAAGCACACACACACACACACACACACACACACACACACACAUACUCACUUACUCACUCACUCACUCUACUAUAGCCAUGAGUACAUUUCAUUGACUUAAAUACAAUUAACACUUAGACCAACCUGGAACCUUAAACAAGCUCUCUUCCAUUGUAAGCACUGGCAAAAAUGUUCGUUUGAACAUGGUGCAGACACACAUGGACACACUCUUCACAACACACUGAAAUAAAUACAUCAUGGCAACUACACGUCGGUGAUUAUGGAGAAAUUGUUACUUUGAAUAUUUAACAGUCUGUGAAAAAAAAACAUUCCUUUUGAUUGCUUUUGUGGUUUAUUAUAUGUUUCAUUUUCACUAUUUAUUCUUGUGCAUCAUAAAGAGUCAGAUAAACAUUUAGCUACCAGUCUUUGGAAAAAAAAAAAAACAUGUUUCACAACUAAGCAAAAGUUUGGUUGUGAAACAAUAAUACUGUCAUUGGCAGGGUAUCCAUCCAUCCUAUGUUUGUGUGAUUUAUGUUGUCACAUUAAAAAAAACACAUUUGUUUAGUAAACAAUUUGGUUUGGCACAACUGGUUCAAUCUCACAGCACAGCAUUUCAAAAGUGGGCUAACAUCUUUGUCUGCAUUGGAUUUUAUGAACAUUAUUUGGUACAUUGGUAUAUAAAUUUUAGAGUUAAUAAAACAGGAGCUUAUCCAUUAUGUUCCCACUAAUACAACAAACUCUACUCAUAAAUUUUGCACAAUAUCUGCUGUUUGAUUAUAAUUACCUCCCCAGUGGAGUUGGAAGGGGGUUCUGUUUUCACCCCGGUUCCCUGUUUGUUUGUUAGCAGAAUAUCUCAAAAAUGUAUAAAUCAAUUUGCAAAAACUUUGUGGACAGCUGGGUCACUGGUCAAGAAAGAGCUCAUUAACUUUUCAUGCUGAUUGGCUAGAGGGGAGUGUGGUGGUGGGUGUGGUCUGGCACAAAAAGCUGCAUAACUCCAGCAACAGAUAUACUCCCUAAAUCAACCACACACCUAAAACUUUUUAAUGUUUGAAUUUAUUAAACAAAACACAUCACAUUCAGUUAAAAGAAUGAAAAGUAAGAAUUGACAAAAGUCAAACUACAUGACCAUCUGAUUUGUCAUGACCGUGACGAUCGUAAGAAUUGCAAAGUGUUGGAGGAGGUAUGCACUCUGAGUGACAUCAUCCUAGUUGAUCAUAAAUUCAUAAAUAAAAAUGAUUUUGAUAAGUGUUUCCAAGUUGUAGCAGCAAGAACAAGAUGCCAUCCUGGUUUGGUUUAUCUGACACAAUGCAAAAACAUUAAUAUAGUAUCCCUGGUGUUAUUUCUGUUUUCAUCUUUGAAUGAAACAUCAAUAGCUUAUAUUAUAACAUAGCUUAUAGCCCAAUACUGAUACUUGAAAUACCCUCCAUUUUUCAUUUUGUUUGUCAAUUUGUUUGUUUUUCCCACAGACAUUCAACAAGCCAUCUCAUUCACUUCAGCCCAGCUAAUGGAAAUGUACCCAAUUCCUAUUUUUGUCUUGUGAUGUUUCAAAAAUUUGUAAGAUUUACUUGACAUUUGGAUGGAAACUUUGUCAGGGACAGUUGUUGGGUCUCAUUUGCCAUUCCUAUGAUUCUUACUUUAGUUUGACUGCUCUCAUAUUGUCAUGUUGUGUGCUUCUCACACCUUUCCAUAGCACUGAGGACACUUCCUCACAAUAAUGAACACUUGUGCAGCAAAUAAAUCUGAUUGACUCCCAUGCUAACUGCCUUAAGAUGAUGGGAAGGAACUGCUGAAGUCAUCUGCUCUAACCCAGAGAAUGUGCUCCUCACAAUGCAAUGUCCAGGCUCUACUGAAGCAGAGACUUACUCUACACCACAUUAUGGCAUGCAAGACUGUAACUCCUAAUAAUCAAGUAUAUGCCUGUUUGUGUGACUGUUUGGUUUGCCCUUUAGUGGUUUUUGUAUCUUUACCUUUUUCUUUUCCAUUGCCGUUUUGUUUGUUAAACCAUUUGUGUCUUCAGUCUUAGUGCUGCAUGUGCUACGACCAGUAGCCUGUCCAGUUGGACUUUAUGUGUACAUGAUGUAACCAAGUCUGUUUCUGUCAGAUCUGGAGUACCAAAGCGUUUGCACAAAGAGAAAUGUGUUCUCACAUGUCCUGUAUGUGUACAUGCAUGCACUCUGCCAAUGUAUUUACCAACCUGGCCUCAUGAAAUUUCAUGAAAUGAGCACACUGUCUUAUAAUGCAAAUAAUGUGCUAACUGUGUAGGAAAACUGAAAAAUCUGUUGCCUCACCUGGAAAGCAUCAGGUGGAGGAGAGGUGAAUGGAAAGAGGAUCUAGCUUGACAAUGAAAUAGCAUGGUGGAAAGGAGGGCUCGAGAAAUUAGCGGUCCAAGACAAUAUUCAAGACAAGUUUUUCUGUUUGGUAUUGUAAUUUUGAUGCACAUAAUGGCUGAUAUGGAAACCAGUGGAAAAAAGCAAGUAGGCAGGCCAGUGUUUCUGAUAAUAUAGAAUCAAAUUUCUUUGCACUGGACUUUUAGAUUUAAUUUAACUUUGCAGAAAGACUAAAACACUAAGUGGCAAUGUGUUGCCCUUACUUAACUCCCUCAGGGACAGCAGGUUCCAAUUUUCAUCUCAGUUUGACUGGAUUUAUUCCGUUUUAUAUACAUGCUUGUGGAAGCAUUUAAACUAAAUAUCUAAAUAUCAAAAAGUAUUUAAUUUUAAUCAUUCUAAAUAUUUUUAUUUAGAAUUUUAUUUAGAUUUUUUUUCCAUUUGCUUUUUGUUGGGUAAUUUUCUUGUAAUUCCAAAUUUUAAUAGUGUCAACUGAACAUUUGUUAAAUCAAAGCAAGGUUUAUGUUGGCAUUUUUAAUACUGUAAAUAUUGACACAGCAACUUUAAAACUUAAUAUCAGCCCUGGAUAUCAGUUAUGGGUGUUGGUUACUAAUAAUAGUCACCUGUAUCAGCCCUGAAAAAAUAAUAGCGUCUGAUCCCCAGGCGAAAGUGAGAGUGUGGAGGUGUGGUGUGCAGAUUGGCGGAUUCACUGACUGGUGUUCCAUUUCAGGUUACAACAUAGUUUUGUUCUAGGAGGGAAGUUUUCUUCUUGAAAACUGCAUUCACUAAGAUUGGAAGCUGAAUUGAACCUUUAUUAAUUGAAGUCAUAUGUGACAUUUGCAACUUCAGUCAGUGCUGUCACGUAAUCCUUUUGUGGGGGAGGAACCACAAUGUUCACAAAUGUUCAGGUUCACUUGCACAUUUUCUGCAGUUCAGACUCCGUGCUCAUUUCACACAACUUUCUUAGACUGUGUUGGUCUUUACCAUUGCUGCUUUUAUUGUUUUACCUCAUCUCCUUGUAUUUAUUUUGCUUUUUUGAGUCAAAAUAUUUAUUGCCUGUCUAAGCUGUGCUGAAUGAAUGACUUGUAUGGGAUUUAAUAAAAAUUAAGCUUUAUUUGGAUACA